UAAGCAAAAACUGAUCGCCACACUUGAAUAUUCUCUACAUGCGCAUCAACAAAUCUAUGCAAACUUACCAGAGCGCGUUAAGAAGCCGGGCCUGAGCUGUAGGAAAUGGAGCAGGCUGAACUAUAAAACUAGAUACCACAGGCUAGAGCCAUUCCAUCGAUCGUCAUUCUUUGAUUGCCUCAAUUAGUGGAUAAAGUACGAGAAGACAGCAGACAUUACGAUGAAGCUGCUCUUCGUUCUGUUGGUGGUGCCAAUGGUGUUGGCUGGGGACUUCCACCGCAUGUGGGAUGAGGUAGAGAAGGAGAUCAAAGAGAAAGGAUGGGGUAAAGACCUCGGCUUUGGUGAGGACGAUGAUUCCUCCGAGAAAGGAAACAACGGAAAAGGUUGGGGAGAGAAGCAAGGCUCCAAAGGUUGGGGAGAUAAGGAAGAAUCCAAAGGAUGGGGAGAUAAGGAAGAAUCCAAAGGCUGGGGAGAUAAGGAAGACUCCAAAGGAUGGGGAGAUAAGGAAGAAUCAAAAGGAUGGGGAGAUAAGGAAGAAUCCAAAGGAUGGGGAGAUAAGGAAGAAUCCAAAGGCUGGGGAGAUAAGCAAGGCUCCAAAGGAUGGGGAGAUAAGGAAAAAUCCAAAGGAUGGGGAGAUAAGGAAGAAUCCAAAGGCUGGGGAGAUAAGGAAGACUCCAAAGGAUGGGGAGAUAAGGAAGAAUCAAAAGGAUGGGGAGAUAAGCAAGGCUCCAAAGGAUUGGGAGAUAAGGAAGAAUCCAAAGGCUGGGGAGAUAAGCAAGGCUCCAAAGGCUGGGCAGAUAAGCAAGGCUCCAAAGGCUGGGGAGAUAAGCAAGGCUCCAAAGGCUGGGGAGAUAAGGAAGAAUCCAAAGGAUGGGGAGAUAAGCAAGGCUCCAAAGGCUGGGGAGAUAAGGAAGAAUCCAAAGGAUGGGGAGAUAAGGAAGAAUCCAAAGGAUGGGGAGAUAAGGAAGAAUCCAAAGGAUGGGGAGAUCGUGAAGAAUCCAAUGGAUGGGGUGACAGGAAGGGGCGUGGCAGGAGACAGCAGCAGAAGGUUCCAGACUCCCAGGAAUCUGACGACCACAACACACCCUCCGUAGACACAGACGACGACGACAGUAGUGACGACCGUCCCGACAAUCGAUGGGGUGACGAUAAGCCCCUGGGCUGGGGAAAGAGGGGCGAAGGCCGCGGAAGCAAGAAAAGCCAGGAAAAAGACGACGAUGACUCAACUGCCGAUGACCAAAACGACCAGCGAAGGCAGAAGUCCAAAGACGAUGGGCGAGGCUCAAGACGCGGGUCAAACAGGGAGGAGGGAGAGGAGAGGGAUGACGACAACGAUAAGAAGAGAAAGACAUUCGCAGAGUUCAAAGAGUGGCUCCAGAGACAGGACAGGAGGGACAGGGGUGAGGAUGAGGAAUAUGACGACUACGUUCGUGGACACGUCCUGCAGUAUAAGGAGUUCGUCAGGAUGAAGGAAAUUAAAGAGCGCGAAGAGCGUGAAGCCAAGGACGCCAUCAGACGUGAGAUGGAGCGUGCCCAGGUCAAGAAGAUGCUGACCCAGAAGCUCCAGUCUCUGACCGAGGAAUACGAGGAGCAGAAACUCAGCUUCACCCACUCAAUCAUCGAGCACCUGCUGGACGACUGCCCAUGUUCCAGGUCCAAGAAACUCCUGCAAAAGAUCGCUGAUGGCAAAUUUGGUACUGGAUGCGAUGACGCUGAUGAUGACGACGAUGAAGGAGACAUGGUUGAUGGUGCAAGAAACGACACCACCGACGACAACGACAACAACGACACCUCAGUGACAAACUACGACAACAGCACAGACAGCGAGAUGGAUGAUAUGGUUAGCUUCUGCCCUGAAGAGAUGAAGAAAAAGGCCGAAGAGUUCUCCGCCCUGGACCAACACGACCAGCUGAAGAGCGCCCUGGAGGACCUUGUGACCAUCAUGUGCCGGGCGGCCAAACAGUACACGGACAUGAUGGCUGACCUCGAGCAGAGCGUCAACGAGUACAGGAGGAACGGCAACCACUGGUAGAGACUGGAUCACAUUUCGGUUUCACGUAGGUGAUCAAGUGUCAAGUUUCACGUCUCAUGUCAAGUCGACCACUGAAAAAAAUAUCGCUUGACGAUUUUCAUCCACAUUAAACAUUUUUCUCUAAAAUAUUUUUUUUAUUGUGAUAUUACUUGUUUCAAAUAUCUCUAUUUCGAUAAAUAAAAGAUUUAAAAUAUAUAUUUUAAACAAAUGUUCUUUAUAACUUUAAAAAUUAAAGCUCAAUAAACGUAAAAUAAGAAGAAUAAAAACAUAUUUGGUGUAUGUUGUAUUGUGUAUUAUAGAUUAACAUUUCAUUAAAAUCUGGUGUCUAAUGAUUUCACAUAUCGUCUAAUGUAAAAACCAGUUAACAUAGCUAGUGUUGUCACGUGAUACACCGGUCUUUGCUCACUCAAUGUUCAUAUUGUUUCACUUGUUACUGUUGUAUUAAUUAAUUAAUUAAU